AUGACUGAAAAACAUCAAUGCGAGGUAACUGUCAUAUUUAUUGCAGGAGUAUCUGGCGCUGGUAAAUCUACAGUAGCAAUGCGCCUGGCUGCGAGGUUAAACGUGCCAUUCGUUGAGGGUGACUCCUUGCACCCCGCCUCCAAUAUAGCCAAAAUGGCUGCAGGAAAGCCGCUAAGUGACGAUGAUCGUUGGGACUGGUUACGUGAUGUUGCUGCCGCUUCAAUUGCUGCCGCUAAACCGAAAGAUGGUAGAGUCGUGGUCACGUGCUCGUCUCUCAAGCGUAGCUACCGUCAGUACUUAAGUGCCUGUGUUGGGAAUGGGCGUACUAUAUUUGUAUUUUUGGAUCUGCCUCGAGAGGUUGCGGAGCGCCGUGUGCGUGAACGCCGGGGUCAUUUUAUGGGUGCUGAUUUGAUUGCCUCUCAGUACGAAACGUUGGAGCUGCCUCAAUCUGACGAAUCAUGGUGUACGGCGGUUCCCUGCGGGGACGGAAAUGUUGAAAAAGUUAUUGACAGAAUAGUAGAUGCCUUAAAUAAAAUGGACCAGUCCAUACAUUAA